CCCAGGUUGGAAGGAUCAAGUGGAUGACUACCUAAAAUGCGAUUCGAGUGAAUUGCCACGCCACAUUCCGCUAAGUCCGCAAUUUGGAGCCUAGACUAACCUGGUCGGUACAUGUGACAAAGGGCCGUCGCCGCCCCAGGCUUCUGAGUUUCCCCAUUAAAAGGUACCUGGUCAUUCAGUGACUUCACACCUCCGGGAACCACCAAUUGCCCCCUCCUGUCAAUCCAUCCCAUUAUCUCCUAGGGACCUGCUUUGUUUCAAGCGCUCCACACGAUUCAUGCAUCCUCCUCCGAAGCGAACCUGACAUUCGAUCACGAUCCUCUCCGUUCUAUCCAUUUAUCCUGUCUAGACAACUUCAGAACCCACAAUCGCCGCAAAAAGCGUACCGCCCUUUAAUAUACCACAAUCGCCGACCAUGAAGCUGCACUACAUCGGGAUCAUCCAGAACGAAAGCAAGCCGGGCGUCGAGCUCUGCGCCGAGAAGGAGCUGAGUGCGUACUCGCGCUUCACACGGAACAACUAUGGCGAGUUCAUGACCGUGUUCGCAAAGACGGUGGCAGAGCGGACGAGACCAGGCCAGAGACAGGAUGUCGAAGAGCAAGAUUACACAUUCCACGCCUACGGCCGCACAGAAGGCGUGUGUGGUAUCAUCAUCUCGGACCACCAGUACCCUGCCCUCGUCGCCCACCAGCUGCUCUCGAAAGUGAUGGACGAGUUCCUGUCGGCGCACCCGCGGUCGUCGUGGGCGAGCGGCCAGACGGUUACCAUGCCCGAGCUCAAGGAGUAUCUUGAGAAGUACCAAGACCCGCACCAGGCCGACAGCAUCAUGAAGAUCCAACGCGAGCUCGAUGAGACCAAGAUUGUGCUGCACAAGACUAUCGAGAGCGUGCUGCAACGCGGCGAAAAGAUUGACGACCUCGUCGCCAAAAGUGACGGGCUGAGCAACCAGAGCAAGAUGUUCUACCAACAAGCAAAGAAGCAAAACUCGUGUUGUCUGGUCAUGUAAACACCGUACCGACUCCUCCUUGGUCGCCACUGGCGUUGGUCUGUUUUCGGGGGUUCCCCAAGUUUCUUUCAGCAUAGCAGGCGAAGUUUGAAGUUGGCUAUCUUGACGGCCCUCUUAUUUCCCACGUAUAGUAAUAUUCAACGUGCUGCAGUAUAGGUAGAUGGAGUCAUUCGUUUUAAGCAUGAGAGGUGACUCGAAGAUUCCAUCAUGUAUGAACACACAUAACUGAACCUUGAAAGGCAAUACAGUCGACGUAACGAGGGUUACCGGAGUAAUGUAUGUGUGUGACAUUAAGGUCGUAUAUGAAUUCAUAUAAACACAAGA